CGAUGUCCAACUGCAGCCCACGCACCUCAACUCUGCAGAAUCAUGGCGAAAUAUAAAAGACGUGAGAAGAGCCGGCAGCUCACAGACGGUCGGUGGUGAUGAGAUGACACAGCCGCUGGACACAUCAGUCACACCGGGGGAAGAGGGACAGAAAUGAGGGAAUGGACUCAAGACCUCAAGGCACCUUUUAGGAAGAGACCGGGAGAAACGUGAGCCGGAGCCUCGCCUGGUGAUGUAUGGUGGGCACAGGGGAGCUGCUUUGACCGUGGAGACUGACUUUGGAUCGGGGAACUUUCAGCUCCAUGGGCCCCUGCAGUCACACAUAGAGGACCGAGCGUAAACAAGCAUCACAAGUGCCAGUGAGAAUAGCUCCUCACUGGCUAAUAUCCCUGAACCCACAAGUGUUGGACAUCUUUGUCUCCUUCUGCCCUGAAGUGGCCCCACCCUGUCUGAAAGCUGCAGGUCCCAUCUCCCUCCAGCAUGACGGUUGCGACCAGCGACCCUGCGGAUGAAGCAGCAGCUCACCCGGGCCAGCCUCAUGACCACUAUGACCCAGAGCCAGACCAGGAGUGCUGCGAGAGAGUCGUAAUCAACAUCUCUGGAUUGCGCUUCGAGACGCAGCUCAAGACUCUCUCACAGUUUCCAGAGACGCUACUGGGUGAUCCCAAAAAGCGGAUGAGGUAUUUUGAUCCUCUCCGGAAUGAAUACUUUUUUGACCGCAAUCGACCAAGUUUUGACGCCAUUCUGUAUUAUUACCAAUCAGGAGGGAGGCUGCGCCGGCCUGUUAAUGUCACCUUGGACAUUUUUUCUGAGGAGAUCCGGUUUUAUGAGUUAGGCGAGGAGGCGAUGGAAAUCUUCAGAGAGGAUGAAGGUUUCAUAAAGGAAGAGGAGCGACCUCUGCCAGAGAAUGAGUUUCAGAGACAAGUGUGGCUGCUGUUUGAAUAUCCAGAGAGCUCAGGUCCUGCUCGCAUCAUUGCUAUAAUCUCUGUCAUGGUGAUUCUGAUCUCCAUUGUCAGUUUCUGCUUAGAGACACUGCCAGUUUUCCGAAAUGACGAUGACAUGUACAAAUAUUCAUCGCAGUCCAUGAGCAAUACCACCUCUACCUAUGACGGCUCUACAUAUUUCACAGAUCCCUUCUUCAUUGUGGAGACCCUCUGCAUCAUCUGGUUCUCUUUUGAGUUCCUUGUCAGAUUCUUCGCCUGUCCCAGUAAAGCUGGUUUUUUUGGCAACAUCAUGAACAUCAUUGACAUUGUGGCAAUCAUCCCAUACUUCAUCACACUUGGCACAGAGCUAGCAGAGAGGCCAGAGGACAGCCAGGCAGGCCAGCAGGCCAUGUCUCUGGCUAUUCUCCGUGUCAUCCGUCUAGUAAGGGUGUUUCGUAUCUUCAAACUCUCACGUCACUCCAAGGGGCUCCAGAUCUUGGGACAGACUCUGAAGGCCAGUAUGCGUGAGCUUGGCCUCCUCAUCUUCUUCCUGUUUAUCGGUGUGAUCCUCUUCUCCAGUGCCGUCUACUUCGCAGAGGCAGACGAGCCAGACUCCCAGUUCAGCAGCAUCCCUGAGGCCUUUUGGUGGGCCGUGGUCUCAAUGACCACUGUAGGCUAUGGAGACAUGGUGCCAACAACCAUUGGAGGAAAAAUCGUAGGAUCACUAUGCGCAAUCGCCGGUGUGCUAACUAUUGCCCUGCCUGUACCUGUCAUUGUGUCAAACUUCAACUACUUCUACCACAGAGAGACGGAGGGCGAGGAGCAGGCACAGUAUUUGAAUAUGCCGAGCGUGCCUAAAGCCAGCUCAGCUGACGAUCUGAAGAAGAGUGGUCGGAGCGGCAGUGGGUCCACUAACAGCAAAUCUGACUACGUGGAGAUCCAGGAGGCUGUGAACCACAGCACUGAGGACUUCAGACUAGAAGGCAUGAAAACAGGAAAUUGCACACUGGCCAACACUAACUAUGUAAACAUCACUAAGAUGCGUACAGAUGUAUAAUGUGAGCUACUGAGGAUGGUUAACUUCUGCCAGGGUCUACAGGUGUUGUGACAGUAAUGUCAGUCCCUGUGUUGACCAAUGUAUGGCUCCCCGGAAUGGGAGUCCAGAGCAGAUGAGUGAGAUUAUCUUGGAGAAAGGUCAGUAGAAAGACCUCAUAUUCUCCCAUUAUCCUAUAUGGACCUAUCAUUGCAUAUCAUAGAACUGCUCCCUGUCGCAUUUAGGACAUUGUCAGUGUGUGCAUGGAGUUAGUCGUACCUAUAUGACGUAGUCGUUGUGCUCGCAACAGUAGCCAAAUAGUAGCCUAACCAGUAAUAAUCAAUAUUAACAGUGUAAAGGGACCAGAAGUUUUUACCCUCUCGCUCAAGCUGCCGCCUGGACAAGAUGCAAGAUGACAGCAAUUCCAAUCAGCUUAACGUUUGUUUUAAAAUGUAAUUUACUAACUUGUGAUUAUAA